AUGGCAACCUCGUGUCCGGAUGAUUCCUUCGGUCCGUGGGCCGGAUCGACCUGUCGUGGCGGUUUCGACUUCACCCUGCUGUUCGAGGAAUCCAUUCUCUCCAUCCUCGUCUCUUCGCUUUUCCUCCUCGUUGCUCCAUUGUCCAUCCUGAGACUUGUUCGCGAGCCGAUCAAGGUCAAGCCUAGUCUAUUGCAGUGGGGGAAACAGAUCACCUCGAUAUGCUUCGUCGGCCUCAGCGCUGCCCUCGCCGGCCUCUGGGCCAACAACUCCGCGGCGCCGCUCACGAGCACGCGCGCAACAUUGCCCAGCGUCGUCCUGACAUUCGUCGUCUCUCUCAUCUACGUGCCCCUGUCCAUCCUCGAGCACCGAUCCGACAUCCGACCCUCCCCCCUCCUAUGCUUCUAUCUCGCCCUCACCGUCCUCUUCGACGUCGCCCGCGCCCGCACUCUCUUCCUCUUUGACGAUGACACCCGGAGCCCAGUUCCGGCCGUCUUUGCCGCCAGCCUGUCCCUGCGCGUUGUCAUGCUUCUCCUCGAGUCGACCGAGAAGCGAUCCAUCCUGCUCGACGAGCAUCGUCACGUCGCACCCGAAAGCGUCGCCGGACCCUUCAACCGGGGCGUCUUCUACUGGCUAACUCCUCUCUUCCUCGCUGGCUAUCGCAAGAUCUUGGGGCCUCGGGAUUUGUACGCUCUUGACGACGAGUUGAAGUCGGAAACACUGGCCAAAAUCAUGUCCGACGCCUGGGAAAAGGUCCCGGACAAGACCGUCCCCGGUGCGCUGUGCGGCGCCUGGUUCGGCGCCUUUUCCGACGCCGUCAUGAUGCCCGUCAUUCCCCGCCUGUUUCAGAUCGCCUUCACCUACGCCCAGCCUUUUCUCGUCACGGCCGCCAUUGACCUCGCCGCGACGCCCCAGACGCAGCCUUACAACAACAGGGGCUAUGGCUUGAUCGGCGCCUACGUUCUUGUGUACACCGGCAUUGCCGUGUCCAUGGGUCAAUACGAAUGGCGCAACUAUCGAGCGGCGACGAUGAUGCGCGGCAGCGUCAUUCCUCUCAUCUACCAGAAGGCUCUGCUCAUCGACACGUCGGCCUCGUCCACCUUCAACCCGACUGCCGCCUUGACGCUCGUGAGCACCGACAUCGAAACCAUCACCCAGGGUCUCGUUCAGUUCCACGAGACCUGGAGCAAUCUUCUCGAGAUUGGGCUGGCCAUCUACCUUCUCGAGCGCCAGCUGGGUGCCGCCUGCGUCAUGGGAGUUGGCUUUGCUCUCGUGGUCAUGAUCGGCACCAUAUUCCUCGCGAUACCGACCGGCCGCCAUCAAGCCGCCUGGAUCGAGGCCUCGCAAAUUCGUGUCACCGCCACCGCCAGGGCACUGGGUAGCAUCAAGUGGCUGAAAAUCUCGGGCCUCGGCGAUGUCGCGUUUUCCGUCAUUCGCAGUCUGCGCAAGCGGGAGUUGGUUGUCUCCGAGAGGUUCCGUUACCUGCUCGGAGGGUCGCUCAUCCUCUCCAUCUGCACGCCCAUCCUCGGCCCUCUCCUUACAUUUUCCACCUUUGCUGGCAUCGCCGUUCACGGUAAUGGAACUACGCUCACCAUCGCCAAGGUCUUCACCGCUCUCUCCAUCAUCGUCCUCCUCAACGGUCCAUUGGCCAAGCUGGUGGCUGCUCUGCCGCAAAUCGCUGGUGGGCUCGCUUCGUGCCAGCGUAUUCAGGACCAUCUCAACUCCGAAGAAAGAAAGGAUACCCGACUCUUCGCCGAUCAUGGCGCCCAGUUCCGGACCAAGGACAUGUUGGACGACGCAGGCUCCGAACACCCGGCUGCCGUUCGAGUCGACUCGGCCGAAACGGAAGCCAAGCCUGGCAGUGUGGCUAAUGUGAUGCUAGAGCCUGAAAUCAUUGCCUCCAUCGGUGGCAAGUUCUCUUGGCACAAAUCACCGGCCGCGGCGGAGGAGCCUGCCGCGGGGAGGGACGAUGAUGCCGACGCAGAAGGAGCUGUGGGGGAGGCGGAAAAGGUCGACGUCCCCGUCAUCGACAUUUCCCCCCCUCUCGAUAUACCUCGCCGCGCACUCACGCUGAUUUUGGGUCCAGUUGGCUGUGGCAAGUCGACUCUCCUGAAAGCCUUCCUGGGCGAGCUCUCGGCGUUCGAGGGAACCAUCAAGACUCAGUUCUCGGGUGCCGUCACGUUCUGCGACCAGAACCCAUGGUUACCGAACGAGACUGUCCGCGAAAUCAUAUGCGGCAGGCAAGAUGGCAGCAACGGCGAGGAGGAGGCCGUCGAUGAUGAGUGGUAUCGCGUCGUGGUGAGGGCGUGCGAGCUGGAGCGUGAUGUGCAAAUUUGGCCCCAGGGCGACAAGACGCCUGUGGGAACCAAAGGUAUCUCCAUGAGUGGAGGACAGAAGCAGCGCUUGUCCAUUGCGCGUGCCAUCUACGCACGUCGGGAGCUCCUCAUCCUGGACGACGUAUUCAGCGGUCUCGACGCCAACACGGAGGAUCUGGUUUUUGAUAACCUGUUGGGUGAAAAUGGCCUCCUUCGCAAGGCAAACAUAACUGUCAUAGUGGCCACUUCCGACGUCCGCCGCGUGCCGUUCGCAGACAAAAUCGUUGUGCUUAACGAGCAUGGCCAGCUGCGGUUCGCUGGCUUGCCUGCCGAGCUCAAGCAGGCAACAGAUCUUGACUGGGCCGUCGGCGAGAUAUACUCCAGGGGCGCACCUGACAGCAAGCCCGGCGCAAAAAGGUCGAAAGGCAACGCAGAUGCGAAGGAGGAUGGUCGGCGCCCGGCCGUAACCAACACCGCUUCGGCGCUGCAGGAAGCUGUGGACAUGGUGGAGAUUCAAGCCAACUCUGCCCGGCAGGUUGGUGACUCGGCCGUCUACGGAUUCUACGCCAAGUCGGCUGGCUGGUUCACCAUGACCAGCUUCAUUAUUUCUAUUUGCAUAUUCGCCUUCUGCGACUCUUUUCCUAGCGUCUGGCUCAAAUGGUGGGCCGAAGCGAAUCUGAGGGAGCCAAACGCGAACCUGGGCAAAUGGCUCGGUGUUUAUGCUGUGCUUGGCAUCGGUGCUGUUUGCGCAUGCCUGUUCGGCACUUGGCAGUUGUUCAUCAUCACCAUCAACCGAUCUGGCUUGUACUUUCACAACUUGCUGGUAGACACAGUUUCGCGAGCACCCAUGUCGUUCCACACAACCACGGAUAGCGGCAUCACGGUCAACAGGUUCAGCCAGGAUCUCCAGCUGAUCGAUAUGGAGCUCCCUGCUGCGGCCCUUGGCGUGGUCAUUGCCCUGUCUUUUGGCAUUGCUCAAUUCAUCUUGGUCUGCGUCUCGUCAAGAUACAUGGCCGCGCUUCUGCCCUUCCUGCUGGCGGCCCUGUAUGCCCUGCAGCACUUUUACCUGAGAACUGCGCGACAACUGCGUCUGCUCGACAUUGAAUACAAAGCACCUCUCUACACGCAGCUCAUGGAGACGAUCACAGGCAUCGUGACUAUUCGCGCCUUCCGCUGGGAAUCGCGGUCAACCGAAAAGGCGAUGCAAAUUCUUGACACUUCGCAGCAACCAAGCUAUCUGCUCUAUUGCGUGCAGCGAUGGAUCACUUUUGCCGUCAACAUCGUCAUCAUGCUGCUCGCGGUAAUUCUCAUCGUCCUUACCACGACUCUUCGCGAGGCUAUUGGCCCAGGAUACGUCGGCAUCGCCUUGAGCAACAUUCUCGCCUUCAGCGCUACCAUGCAGGGAACCAUUACAAGCUGGGUAACACUGGAGAUAGCGCUUGGUGCGGUGGCCAGGAUCAGGGCCUUUGAAAUGCAGGUGAAGAGCGAGGAUGACGAAGCUUCGGAGCGCCUCCUCGAGAGUGGGCGUGAUUCUCACCUCAUGGAGCCGCCCACCGAUAGUGCGGGUCGUCAGUGGCCGAGUAGGGGGCAAAUUGAGCUGCAAGAUGUGACUUGCUCGUAUCCCUCUUCCGGCCGUGUUCUUCACGACAUCACCAUGACGAUAGAGCCGGGGCAGAUGGUUGCCAUCUGUGGCCGGACCGGAAGUGGAAAGUCGUCUUUGUUUCUCAGCCUCCUUGGACUCAUUGAGCAGGAUACCGGCACCAUCCUGGUGGACGGAAUCGACAUUGCCACGAUGCCCCGAGAAUAUGUGCGCACUCAUCUCGUCGCCGUUCCCCAAGAGGCCUACAUCAUCGAUGGAACCGUGCGCCUCAACGCAGAUCCGCAUCGCAGCAAGGAUACGUUGGGGAGUGAGAGCAUCUCGGAGGAGCGCGACCAAGAGAUCAUUCGAGUUCUCGAACGAGUCGGCCUGUGGGAAAAGAUUAAGUCUCGCGGUGGUCUGAAUACAAUCAUCGAUGACAAGUUUCUCUCCCAGGGACAAGCGCAACUUUUGGUACUCGCACGAGCGAUGUUGCGACAGGACGAGAGUCGGGUCUUGCUUCUAGACGAAGCCACGAGCAGUCUGGAUGAGUCAACAAGCGCCCUCAUCGACGAAGUUGUUCGGACCUGGUUUCACGACUGGACCGUCCUCGCCAUUGCGCAUAAGCUGGAUUCCAUUCUCGACUACGACAAGGUUGCCGUGCUGGAUGCCGGUCGUCUAGUUGAGUUUGACGCACCGCGGAAGCUGCUCAGCCGGGAGGAUUCCGUGUUUCGGGAAUUGUACCUCUUGUCGACCAACUCAUCAUCGGUACCCGCCUCCAUCCUGGGUGAGGGAAAAUAG